AGAAUGGCGAGGUGGUGAGGGCGCCGAGCUGCGGGGGCCCGUAACCAGGGCGACGGGGGCGGGGCGCUGGCCCUGCGCCGCCUGGUGCUCACCUGGAUUGCGCGUCCACUUGGCGAGUUCUGCGUCAGGUCCCAGAGGGUCCCGAGGUUGGAGAUGGAAGAACCACAAGAGAUUUUCUCCGUGAAUGAUGGCCACGCAGGUGAUAUAGUUGUGGAAAAAUACCCGGUGGAUUCCAAGAAGUCCGCAUCCCAUGUUCAGCUCACCUGCAGUUGGCAGUCCUGUGCUUUCCCCUUAGAUGGAAACGAACUGUGAUGGGACACCAAGGAACCUCCUCACCAGCUGCUAAUCCUAAGAGGACACCAUCAGCCAAUCACCGCUGUGGCAUUUGGAAAUAGAGUGAAUCCGCUUCUCAUCUGUUCUGCAUCACAAGAUUAUGUCAUAAUGUGGAACCUGGAUGAAUGCAGACAGAAAGUGCUUCAAGCCUCUCCCCUCCCGAGUCUCCUUGUGGACCAGCGAAGGCUGUAGCUGGUCACCGGCUGUGCGGAUGGCCAGCUUCGGACCUUCAGUUUGGUGGAAGGACACCAUUAUCGCUGUGUGACACAAGUUGACCUGAGGAAAGAGUUUCCGCACCAUGGGGUCGAGUCCAAGCCAUGCAGCUGGCCAGAAGACAGUCAGCCUCCCUCCACAAAGGCACCAGACACGGGAGAAGAGAUUGAAGUGACACUUCCUGUCCUGAGCCUGGCGCCCUGUGACCAGGGCAGUCAUCCCACUUCUGCUGUGACUCGCUUGGUCUCCCUGGCGCUGCCAUUGGAGGCUGAGGACCGGAGAACAGCCUGGGGAGUGGCCAAGGCUGCUGUUUGGCUUCAUGCCCAAGGUGCAUGUGGGACAGAGGUGUCUGUGGAGGCCGUUCUGUGUCCAGGUCUGGUGAAGCCAGAGGUGGCGGAUCAAUCAGAUUACAGCCUGCGUCUAGUUUGUAAACGGAAAGACAAAGAAGAAAUGGCAGAUCUGUGUUUUGCCUUGAUGUGCACGCUGCUGUCGGCAGAGGGACUCUCAGGUCCCCAAGAUCGUGCGUCACCUGCUCCUCUCACGUGGAUCCAGCGCAAUUCUCGGUGCCCUGGAGCUGAGGAAGAAGAUCAGGACACUUCUUUCUCUUUUUCUUUUAAAAUUAGUCUUUCUUCUGAGAACGCCAGCUGCUUGUAGACUGGAAGCUCAGCGGGCUUAUUCAUAUUUAAGUUGGCAGACUUUGAAUUGGAGGCCAUUUUACGUUGCAAGGAUUUCGGGAGCCUCAGCAUUCAAGUUGCUGGAUCGUGUGCUGUGAUGAGCAAAACCAGUGGUCGUAAGGCCUUCUGCUUGCUCACAUCCGUGUUCGAAAAUAAGAUGGCCCUGGUGGAGGUCGACCCCGGCGCCCCGGUGAGGCCUCAGCAGCGGCCCGGCGUGGGAAGGGAUCUGUCCGUGCUGCCCAGUUACAGUCUUUCAGGAAGGAUGUGUAACUCCUGUGUCUUAUUGACUCCUCCGCUGUAUUUCGGACUUGUUAAGGAAAAAAGUACUAAGCCUAACUCACAAUCUGGUUAGUCUGCUCGGAGCUUCGUAAAAGACCACCCACUGGUCUUCCACAGUAAAGUUCGGUCAUCGGGCUACACGGCUGCCCCACGGAGUACCCUUUGGAGAGUCCUCUGUCAAGCAGGCUCAGCAAGCAGUUUGCCAUGGCCCACGACCAAGCUGCCAUGCUCGGUGUUCAGUAUUCAGGUGGAGUGGGGCACUCAGGGCCGGGCACUCUUGGCCUCGUGGCAGCACUCUGAUGUCAAGUGCAUCAGAAUGCCUUUAAUUCCUUUCUGGGACCUCAGCAAUUUUCUUGGAGAUGGACAGCAGCUGGCCUGUGGCUUAGCCAACCACUUGUCCCUGGUCUUCAAUGACUAUCUUCAAUGACGAUCAGGGACACUUGCUGUUUUUUCAGGUCACGAUGGAGCAGUGAGCACUGUCCGCUUCCUGGGACGGGCGCUGAAGGUGUCCUUGUGGUUUGAUGGAGGGGUCGCGUGUGACGCGCCUUUCGUGCUUAUGGCCGUGCUUGCGAGCGUGGCUGCUGUCCGUGGGUUUACCUGCUGGGACGUGUCAGGCGACAGGAACGUGCCACAGGUCUUCCCGGCUUCCCCGCCGUCCUGCUGGCUCCGGGCAGGCUCGCAGCAGGAGGCACAGGGGUUUAUGGAGUCUCUGCUGUCAUCAAGCUUCAUUCCCAAACCACCCCCGCGACUUGGCCCUUUUUGUCCCUUGAGUCUGCGUGUGGCCCUUUCUCCAGGGACCUUGGACUGGUUCCCUGAGUCCCUGGGCCUGAGACCGAGGUAUAAACAGAAGAGCAGGUGCACACCUGUUUGCAGGCUUCCCAUGACAGAUGCAGCACAGAUUACUAGCUUAUCAGCAGUGAAUGCUUUUUAUUGCUGCCUCGUGGUUGCUGCUGGGCGGAGCAGGACCCUGGAGUUUCAACCUCAGUGCGGCUGCAGUGCCGCCAUCACAGCGGGAGCCCAUUCUCGUCCCGUCCACCAAAUUUGUCAAAGUAAAGCGAGUGAGUCAUUUAUGACCCAGCAAUCCCAGGUUUACAAUCUUUUUGCAACCACAGCCAUUGGUGAUGGGGUAAAACUUUGGGACCUGAGGGCCCUGAGGUGUGAGAGCCAUUUUGAAGGACAUCCAAAGCGCUGCUACGCGUGUGGAAUUGCUUUUAGUGCUUGCGGCCGAUAUGUGGCUUGUGCUGAGGAUAAGCAUAUAUGUGCUUCCAUGGUGCAUGUGUUGGUCUUUAAGCAAAGAGUCUACACUCAUUCUUGUGGAGAUGGUUACUACUGCUGCAUGUUAGUACAGAAAUCUAAUUUAAGCUUGACUAUGGCCCAGUGUUUUGAGACUAUCACAUACGUCACAGUCUGUGACACUGGCCUCUUUCCUGCUUCCCGAAUGCUCAGCAGCUGCUGGGCGUCACCUGCAGACCUGCUCGUCACCGGAAGCUUGGAAACAGUGAGCCGUUUCCCUUCCACACCUGCUGCUGAGGGCCGGGCCUCACUUCAGUUCGGAUCUGGUGCUUUUCAGUCCGUGGCGUACGUGUACAAAACCAGCUCCAGCACUUUCUGCUGCAGACUGGCAGGACGCAUGGACACGGUCACGGCCGUGGCCUUCAGCCCGGCUGCUGCCCAGUUUGAAGCUUUGAUUCCGAGAGCGCCACUGCCGUGUGACUGCGCACGCGAGUGUGCGUGUGUACCACGUGGAGCUGUACCGUCGAUGCUGUUUUCCGUACCUGCUUCCUUUCCCUGACACUGGAUUGCUGCGGUCCAGGGCGUGUUAUGGUGCCUGGCAACGUAGUUUACCUUCCAUUUGUAUUGAAUUUUGGAAAAAUGAAUAAAUGAAGCUUGUGUCCUUGACUAUAGAGCUUCCAUCGCUGUCGCCUGAAGUCUUCUUUGUACCCCAUCCAUCAUUAACCCUAAUUUGACCUUUGCAUCCUCUGCUGAUGGGU